AUGAAAGACCCGAGUGCAUCUGUCCUAACACCGAACAGCACGGCCUCUGCUCGGGGUCUCCGCACACACUCGCCCGUAAUCCCGCAGAAGAACCGUGAUGUGGGCCCAGUGCGGCUCCAGCCGCCUAAUGCCAAGUACCUCAGCCCACGUGACCUGCUUACGACCGCAGCGGCCAAUCCGCCCGGGGACGGGCUCUCGCGAUAUUUCAACCAGCCCCAUAAGACGUAA